AUGGGGGGCUCCCCUCCCCCUGUUGUACCUGCCCAGUCUGUAGGCCUCGAGUUUUCUGAUCGGGCAGACUAUCCUGAGGUGGGGUUGGUGCUGUGUGACAUGCUGCGGGGCCCUGUGGGGGAUAUUUAUGGUGUUGAGCUGGAGACUGCCCGUAGGGCUGCUGGGUGCUCUGCACCUGUCGUCGCGCCCGUCAACCUCUUCCGUGAGCACGACUUCCCGCUGCUCCCUGUGGAGGAGGCUUCGGUGGAUGUGGAUGUGGACGACUCUUUGGCUGCUGCCAUGCCCCGUGUGUUGCCUUAUGCUCCUCCUGUUGCUCUUGCCCCUCCUCCGGAGGCUGUGUCGCCUGUUGCACCUCCUGUUGCUGUUGCCCCUCCUCAGGAGGCUGUGUCGCCUGUUGCACCUCCUGUUGCUCUUGCCCCUCCUCCGGAGGCUGUGUCGCCUGUUGCACCUCCUGUUGCUGUUGCCUCUCCUCAGGAGGCUGUGUCUGAAGAGACAUUUCUAAUUGAAAGUUGCAAGAUUGAAUUUACGGUAAUUCAAAUUCUUGGUAUUCUUGGCUUAUCACUUUGGGGGUUCCGUCGGAGCACCCCCAACCCCGUGAGGGCCAGCGGCGCGGAGCCCCCACCCCCGAAGGGCGAGCGGAAGCUGGCUGCUAUAAGUAGGAACAUGACUUCUCGCUACCGUGGCCGUAAGCGUGCCCGUAUGCCCGGAGAGGCCAUUAAAAAACAAUCAGGUUUUCCUGACUGA